AUGGAAGAAAUAAUUUUAUGUUUUAAAUAUAGUGAAGAAUUUUUUAUAAAAAACACCAAGACAAUAGAUUCUUUUUUAAAAUUUAAUCUUAUAAAAAAAGAAAUAAGUUGUGUGAAAUGUGAUAACAGAAUGAUGAUUAUAGUGACUGCCACGUAUAUAGACGGGUAUGCUUACAUAUGCUCUUCUAAGGCAUGCAGAUCAAAGGCAAGCCUAAGGAAGGGGUCUAAAAUGGCCUCCCUGAAUAUAGAAUUUGUAAAAAUUCUUAGGGGAAUGUAUUGCUGGGUAUAUGAUUAUACCCUAGCACGGGGCAUUGAUUUUUGCGAUUGUUCGAAGAACACUUACAUUAAAAUAAAAGACCUGAUCUUGCAAGUAUUUUCUAAACAAGAGCCAGAAAUGGUUAAAAUAGGUGGAGAAGGUAUUGGGGUGCAGUUUACAAAGCUGCUAUUUGUAAUGGGGAGUUAA